AUGUGGAACGAAUUCUUGAAGAUGAAAUCAGUCGUGUCCGCGCGCAAAUCUUUCAAACGGAUUUUGUGCAAGGUGAACUCGCUCUACCUGAAGCUGUCGGGGGAAAUCGUUACCAUCACUGAGAAGCUCUACGUUCCAAAGAAUGAUUAUCCUGACUACAACUUCGUUGGUCGGAUCUUGGGACCGCGUGGAAUGACUGCUAAACAGCUGGAGCAGGAGACUGGGUGCAAAAUAAUGGUCAGAGGACGUGGCUCAAUGAGGGAUCGCCGCAAGGAAGAUUCAAACCGCGGCAAGCCAAACUGGGAACACCUGGAAGAUGAGCUGCACGUGCUGAUUCAAUGUGGAGGACACGGAAAAUCGAAGCUACUUACUCCACCAGAGGGUACAGAUGAUUUCAAGCGCAAGCAACUUAUGGAACUGGCAAUCAUCAAUGGAACUUACAAGCCUCACAAGACGGGGAGCAUCUACAUGAAUACUCGUAUGAUGACACCAAUUUAUCCAAUGUCACCGAUGCGUCCUUUGCUGAUGUCGCCACAACCAUCGCCAAGUCCAAUCACGUUGCCAGCUAUGCCACAAUCGCCAGCUUUUGUCAGCAGCAGCUCCCAUGAGUACAAGCUUCAUCCAUCUGUCUACGAGGCCUUUUCUCUUCCGGUCCCCAUGGAAGCUCGUCAACAGCAGCCACAAUCGGCAAUGCCACCACUUACUCAA